CUUUAUUUACAUCUCUUUCCGUCAUAACAGCCGGCCCCGACUUUAUGCCGGGAAUCUAACAGAACCGUCCGACGCUGUUAUAUAUAUAUAUACAAGCCCAUAAUCGACUGUUCUCGAUUUCUCUCUCUAUCCAUUGAGUCCAGCCCUAACUAGGCGAAAGGAAACUUGAAUCGCGCUCGAGGAAGACGACGGACGGGUAUGCGUUUUGUUCAGUUUAGUCUCUCUCAAAUCUGAGUUUAAUUCCCGUGUACAAUAUAGCAUGGGAUCAGCUUGUUGUGUUGCUAGAAAGAAUGAGCAUCUGACCAGCGGAACCACAAGAGAAGUCUUGCUUAGGAAUGCUAUUUAUUCACCAUCAUGGAGCUUCAGAUGGGAUAACCGAAGGCGUGUAGCUGGUGAAAUUGAGAACAUCUCAUAUGGGCUAUCUCCUGGAUUUAGUAGAGAUAGUAGCAUGGAGAUUAAAGGGGAGUUAUCCCUUGAAAGGGGGAGCUAUUCAAGUGGAAGAAGUCCCCUAAGAAAUUUUAGAUUUACUAUGUCUCCAAAGUCUCCAAUUCACGAAGGACUGGAGGGAAAUCUAGAAGCUUCUUCAGAUACUACAAAUACCAACAACCAUGGAAAUAUAGAGGAGAAGAGCUUCAAAGGAUCAAUAGGAGGAGUGGUAGUAGAUCCAUGUGAACAGAAGUUGUUCCCAAUGAACACAAACCCUUCAAGCUCAUCUUCCUAUCCACCGAUGUCAGAUCCCACUACUUCUGAAACCCAGCCAAGAAAGGCUUCCCGUUCUCCCGGACACCAGCUUUCAAGGCAAAUCUCAGACAAUCGAAUUCUCGAUAGAAAGUCGCCUCCAGCCUCGGAAGGCCGACCAUCCUUGGUCUUGUCCUCUUGCAACAGCGACUUAAUCGGAGGAGGCUCUUCUGAAGGGUGGUCCAUGCGCACGUUUUCGGAGCUGGUGGCCUCUUCCCGGAGGGAGAGGUGGUCUUUCGACAGCGAGUGCCGCGUGAGCGAAUCCAGCAGCACGUGUUCGCGUUCUCCGUCCUCGACCGACGUUAGGAAUUGUGGGAUUUGCUUGAAACAUUUGAACGAGAAGUCGUUGUGGAGCGGGCAGAAGAUGGUUGCCAACAGCGAUCUUUCGGUUGUUGCUGUUUUGGGGUGCGGGCAUGUGUAUCAUGCAGAGUGUUUGGAGGCGAUGACGCAGGAAGGGGGGGAGGAGUGCGAUCCUCUGUGUCCGAUUUGCGUGUUCGGUUCGAAGCAAUUGGUGAAGAUGACUAGGAAGAUUGCGAGGGCGGAAGCAGAGAUGAAAUCGAGGAGUAAGAUAUCGAAGAGGAGAGUGAGGGAUAGUUUUGAUCCGGGAUAUGAUGUGCUCGAUAGGCGAAAAUCAGUUGAAGGAGGGGGGAAGUUGUUGUUUGGUAAUAAGAUGGAAUCCACCAGCCGCGGCAGCUCCUCCACGGGUGGAAGGAGAUCCUUUAGUAGGCCGUUCUUAAGGAGGCACUUUUCUUUUGGAUCGAAGUGGAACAGAUCAAUGUUGGAGAACAGCGAUAAUUCUGGUGGCAGGAGAAGCUUUUGGUCAAGAUUCCAUUGAGAGUUUGGAUCGGGUAAGGUCGGCCUGUGGUGUGGUGGGUGGGCAGUUAAGGUAAAAAAGAAAAAAGAACAGAAAAAUUGUUAUCAUCUAGAAAUUGGACUGAACAAUUUAUAAUAGUGAAUGUUGUUUGAUGUAUUAUUAUUAUUAUUAUUAUUAACUGCUGAAAUGGAUGGAUGGAUGGCUGUUAGGAUUUUAGGAGGAAAAAUGUAUUGAUUUAUGUUGUAUGUUUUGAUUUUUGUCUUUUUUAUUAGGCAAAGUUGAGAUAUUUUUAUACAUUUGCUUUUGAAACAGCAAUUUGUCGGUCUUGAAUGU